AUGCGGUGGCUUUACGUUGCGGCGCUGCCGUCCGUCCACGCCGUGGGCAUCUACUUCUUCUGGGUCUCCAACGUGCGCAUUGGCUCCCGCAUGCAGUGCGACAGCGCGCCGAAACGCUGUCCCGGAGACCUCCUCGCGUACCGGCGCGAAGCGUUGCAGUGUGAGUUUGAAGCGUGCAAGGACGCGACGCACCCGCCAGGAUACGUGCCGACGCCGCCACCAACGCCAGAACCGACCGACGCCAAGUUUGUGAUCAUUGCCGCCUACACCCCCGUGGUUGCUCUGGCGACGCCGCGCCUGCGAAGCCAUCCCACAGUAAAUACGACGCGCGCGUGA